AUGGAUCUUGAAAAGAUUGGUUUGCCGAAAAUAUUUUUAUCGAUCAUUAUUUCCAAACCGGUACCAUUUAUUCGUGAGUUUUUCGAAAAUAUUGAGAAGUUGACUUAUGCGAAUGAUAAAAUUGAUUUGUAUGUUUAUUGCAAUCAGUUAUUCAUGGAGAAAGAAGUCAGCCAUUUUGUUGAAAAUGGAAAGGGACGUUACCGGUGGUUGUUUUAUGAUGACAGUACAACAGAAAUGGGAGAGCGUGAAGCUCGUGCGUUUUCAUUGAAACAAAGUUUGGAAUUGGGUAGCGAUUAUCUAAUAAUGAUUGAUGGCGAUGUACAUUUAAAUAAAUCGGAAGCUUUGCUGCUCAUGGUUCACACAAUGAAAGAAAAGAAUUUAGAGAUUCUUGCACCUUUAAUUAGGGAACCACAGAAGUUGUUCACCAAUUUCUGGGGCGCAAUCUCGAGUAAUGGAUACUAUGCUAGAUCUGAUAAUUAUCUGAAUAUCAUUGAUCGUAAAGAAGUGGGAAUUUGGAAUGUACCCUUUAUUGGUUCGAUUUUAGUAAUUGCGAAAGGAAAGCUGGCGCCUUUAUCAAAUGCAUACUAUUAUGACGAGAAAUUAGAUCCUGAUAUGAGCUUUUGCUCAUUUGCACGUGAUGAAGGUCAUUUUCUUUAUCUUGAUAACAGCCACUACUACGGCUUUCUGGUGGUUAGUGAAGGUGUUGAAUCGUCCAAACUCCAUCCGGAAAUGUACGAAAUCUUCAAUAAUAAAGAGUUAUGGGAAAGACGGUAUAUACAUCGGAAUUAUUUUGCUGUUCUUAAUGGUUCUGCACCAAUUCCGGAAAUAUGUCAAGAUGUAUACGAUUUUCCGCUUAUGUCUGAAAGAUUUUGUGCAGAACUUAUUGAAGAAUGUGAGUAUUAUGGAAAAUGGUCAGAUGGUAAACAUAAGGAUGAAAGAUUAGUUGGUGGUUAUGAAAAUGUACCCACUCGUGAUAUUCAUAUGAAACAGAUUGGUUUUGAGCGUCAGUGGUUGUACAUGUUAGAUGAAUAUGUUCGCCCAAUACAAGAAAAAUUGUUUAUUGGUUACUACAAACAGCCAGUGGAGUCUGUGAUGAUGUUUGUUGUACGUUACAAGCCAGAGGAGCAAGCUUCGCUAAGACCUCAUCAUGAUGCAUCAACUUAUAGCAUUGAUAUUGCAUUGAAUAAACGAGGAGUAGAUUACGAGGGAGGCGGUGUGCAUUUCCUACGAUAUAAUUGCACUUCUGAUGCUGAUGUUGUCGGUCAUUCAAUGAUAUUUCCGGGUCGUCUGACGCAUCUGCAUGAAGGUUUGAAAACUACUCAAGGAACUCGUUACAUUGCUGUAUCCUUCAUUAAUCCAUAA